ACCGGGACAUAGGUUUCUGGCAACACUGAGCAAAAGUGUUGUAAUACGAGUAAUCAGUACCCAAAUCUUUGACAGCACAAUAUUUAUGAAAUUUAUUAUUAUAAAAGUGAGUUUUGUGGGGAUAUAUUCGAAAGCAUGGCUUCCUCAGGAAAAAAAGGAAAGAAAAGUAAAGGUACCGUUAUAUCUUUGCAAUCAUUUUUGUCGAAUGGUGAUGUUCCAGCAGGAACAACGCAAGUGGCUAAAAAUAUUAGAAAUGUUGAUGGAGAAGACAGUGACGACGGAGGAAAAGUUCUUACAGUUGUUUGUCAACUUCCAACAGCUCCUCGCGCAAAUAGAAUAUUUGAUGAUAAUUCUAUACCUCAUAAGGCACCAUUUAUUGCCUAUGUCACUAAUUUGCCCUUUGAUGUAAAAGAGGAUGAUAUAUAUGAAUAUUUUAAUGCUAAUAAUGUUAGGUCAGUAAGACUUCCACGAGAGGACGGAGAAACAGGCAGAGUUCGAGGAUUUGGUUAUGUGGAGUUUGAAAGCAGAGACGAUUUAAUACAUUCUUUAGGUAUACCAGAUCCUACAAUAAAAGGACGUAGAAUUAGAAUUGACUUAUCGAAUGAAAAUGAACAAAAUUCAAGACAACGUGGAAUGAGAAGAGGCUACGAUAGUAGUAAUGUAGAAGGAAGAGAAUCAACUAAUUGGAGGCGCGACAAUAACCAAAAGCGGGAUUCAUACAAUUUUGGUAAUGAAAGAAAUUUAAAUAGAGAUCAAAAGUCUACAUCUGAUGGUGAUUUUAAUUCACCUGGCUCAUGGCGUCAAAAAAAUCUAUCUAAUUCAACAACAGUAUCUUCACCUGAUCAAAUUCACCAAAAAGAUCGAUAUGCUUCUCAGGAAGAUAAAACUAGUACAUCCGAACGACCAAAGCUAAUGCUGAAGCCUCGAACACUGCCAAUUCCAGAACUCGAUGUCCAAUUGCAAGUCCCUUUCAAAUCCAAAAUUAAUGAUGAUUCCAAAUUUACUGGUACAUCGGCAGAAAAGGUUUUUGGAUCAGCAAAGCCAGUUGAUACUACGGCAAGAGAUUUAGAAAUUGAAGAACGUUUGGCAGAUGUUCGUCGUCAAGAUAAUCUAAGGAAGGAAAUUAUCAAAACUACAAAUGAUUUUAAUGAAUUAAAUAUUGCUAUGAACGAAAAGGUUACAAACCUUGAUCAAAACUGGCGACAACAACAGUAUACAACAGAUGACAAACAUGACAAGAAAUAUUUAAGAACAGAUAAACACCGUGAAAAUGCUAGAGAUAAUCGGAAAAAAUAUCAAGAUAGGAGUGAAGGGUCCGAUGCACAAAAGAAUAGAGACGUAAAACCAAAAGAUGCAAUCAAGAGUAAACGUGAAAUAAAAGCAGAUCGUCAAACUUAUAAAAACACACAUAACCAGAAUGAAAAUGCUAUUCAAUCUUCGAACAUGUAUUCCGGACUAGAUGAAGUAUCUGAUUGAUUAUCUUGUAAUAAUGUAUACGGAACAAGGAGACAUUUGAUCAUUAUGUGCUUGUAAUUUAAAAUAUAUUGUUAACAUAAAUAAUAAUAAUAAUAAUAAUAAAGUAAUAAAAAGGU